AUGGACGAUCUUCAACAUUUUAUCGCCGAGGUAUGGUCAUUAUUCGCUUUGGCCACGACAUUUACUGGGAUACGGAUGUUCGCGCGAUUCAGGAGUGUUGGUUGGAAGCAGUUCACAUCUGACGAUUAUUUGGCCUGUUCUGCGAUUCUAUUCUACUCUUUUCAGGUUAUGAUCGCUUAUAAAGGCGGCACAUUGUAUCGCAGCCGAUCAACCACUGGCGCCCUGGCCGAACAACAGGAAUGGCUAGAGCCGAACUCGCCGCCAUUGCUCAUACGAGCUCAAGGCUCGAAGUACCAUCUGGCUUCAUGGCCAUUGUAUGCGACAACUCUGUGGCUUUUGAAAGCAUCUGUUCUAGUCCUGUAUAUGCGAUUGACGACCGGAUUGGCGGGUGCAUAUCGAAUCCGAAUCAUUGUCGGAUUCACGAUUCUGGCCACAAGCUGGGCUGCGGUGAUUUUGACGACACUUCUCGCUUGUCAGCCCUUCCAAGGAUAUUUCAACACGACUGACAUGAAAGCCAGCAAUGCUUGCUCGCCAGCUGUCUCCAAGCCCAUAGUUUGGACCUGCUACAGUAUGAAUGUCAGCACUGACAUAUUUCUCAUUGCGUUGCCUAUCCCGAUGCUAUGGAAGACAUCAAUCAAGCUGUGGAAGAAGAUUGGCCUUUGUGUGCUUUUCAGCGGAGGCGCAAUAGUCGUCGUCUUCGCCACUGUCCGCUGUGUCCUCUUAACAACAAAUCCUACAUAUGGCGCGCCUUUGUCGGGGACCUGGGGAGUGCGCGAGGGUUUCGUCGCAAUUAUUACAUCGAAUUUUCCCAUGGCUUUCACUCUAGUGCGAGGCAUGCUUGGGCCGGCCUUUAAUUCGCUACAAACAACGACUCCUUCAGCACAGACACCAUCAACACAGCUCGACACUCUAAAGGCGAGUGGCAGGAACGGGAGGAGUGCGAGGUCUGCUGUCAUGUCAGAUAGGAUAUUUACCGAGAGUGAGGAGAAGAUUGUGAAUGGGAGAGAUACACCUCCAAAUGAGGAAGUAAAUUCUCCAGCUUGA